AUGCGUGGUGUCUUUAUCAUGGCGAACACCACCAAUGUGUUACCACUAAUAGAAAUCAGGAUCAGUGCAACGUUUAAAGCACAGUUUACAACAACAAGAGUUUUUUGCGUCGCACAUUUCUCACCUUCGGCAAAAACAUCCGUCGAGUUAAUAUUACAUUUAACCGUUGAGUUCAUUUCAAACCAAACGAUAUAAUUUUUCUGUUUUUCCACGUAACCAAGAAACUAAAAGACAAUUCAUACAAUAAUUAUGCCCGAAUAUCCUGGCAAAAGACAAGCAGCGUAGGGUCUUAUUUUCUUUUACCAUUCAGAUUUGGAGAACAGUUGCUUUUAUGACGUUAUCUUUUGUUAAAACCAGUCAUUAACACGUACUUGAAUAAAUGUAUAUAUCAUACAAUCUUAUUGUCCUCGAAAAAUAUAUUAUUUCGUAAAACAUAUCUUUCUACCCUUAGGGAAUAUUUUCAUUUGCAAUACAUAAUUGAAUGAGAUAGUACUGAUUCUUUUGGUUUUUAUAAGUUCUGACUAAACAUGACAUACGCUUAUCAGUUGUCGGAGCUAAAAAGAAAGAAGCCAUUAUUCCCCUGUCAAUCUAAGCUUCAACUUAAAUCUUAAUGAUCUCCUGUAACAUUAGGAAAUUAGGCUUGAUUUUUUUUGGGAAGGGUUUGCCUACGUAGUUUCAAAUGGAUGGAGCCGGCUGACUUUGAAACUUGUUUGCCCCGAAUGAUUUUUCAUCAAAAAUUGGAGCACCACACAAAAAUAAGAUUUUUUUUUCCAUUUGAAGUUCUUGCAGUGUUGUUUAUAACUAGGCAAAAAGAGAGUCAAAACUAAAAUUCGUUGAAUGCACUGUUAUUCGUAAUUACGAGGGUUGUAUUGUAAUCAUUUUCCUUGAAACGCUAAAAGCUAGGUCUAAAAUUUAACAAAUAAUUAUCGACUUCAUUUAUUUUCACAAUUCAGAAAAAGAGGCGAAAGCAAAUGUGUUGAAUACGGACAAUGUAUUAAUCUCCUUUUUUAGUUCCUGAAUGUCCUUUGAAGGAAAUCUUAACACUAGUCUGAGCAAGUCUGCCAUAUUUUAGUGUUAGCAACAUUGUUAGCGGUUUAAGAGACUAAGUUCGUCCAAUCUGCUUAAUCGUACAUAUAAGUGCAUUUCAGUGUUAAAAGCGGCCUAACGCGUAACAAGUUAUUGAGGAAAUCAGCGAAAGAUGAUACCUUCGUUAAAAGCAUCAUCCGUGCAUUCAAAGUUUUCAAGAAUGAGUAAUUCCUCAACCCUCGCACUCGCUGAACGGUCAAAUAUAUGGUCAAAACCUUGGGUACCGGACGCAGAUAACGUAAAACAAAAGACUUCUUUGUUUUCUGUUCAGGGAGAAAUCUGUUUGGUAUACGCCACUUCCACGUGUCCCAUAAUGCACCAUGUUUAUGGCGAAGAGGGUUGUAUGAACCCACUUUUUGUUCAUUCAUAUCUUUCUAGAUAUUCUAAUUGUUUAUAUCUGCAAAGUAUAUAGUUUAAUUGUUGUUAUCCCUUUAAGUCCUGAUAGUGAACAACAUCAACUUUCUCCUAACAAUAUCGACACAUAAUCGACAGAAAAGGUUAUUAGAAUUUAAAAAAAAAAAGAUCACCAAAGGGAAAUGAUUUGAUCAUUUAUAAAAUUAUCUCAUUUAGUUCUUCAACGAAAAGUAUGGAGAUUAGCUUCCCACACAGGCGUUUCUAGGAGAGCUCGUAUUUCGUCCCUCCCCACAAACGCCUGCUAGCCAAUCACAUUUUACCUUCCAAAUUCUGGAAGGUUGACCUUGACCGCAAGGUAACCCGAUAAUUACGCGAUCUCCGCGAAACAGUGAGAAAGCGCUAAUAAGUUUUAAACUCAGAGCGGCAAAACUUUGAUUUACUCAGCCAGCUUUUAGAAUACUCCGUUCAAUGCAUUAACUUAGCGAAGGAAAGAAAAGAAGGAAAAAGGUAACUCUAGGAUCACGUUUUUUCACUAUCACGAACUUAUGAGGUUGUGUUAAGCCUGUCAACACUUUGUUUCAAAACCAUAAACAGUGGGAAAGGAAUGUUGUUCUCGGUUAAGCAGACGUUUCUGGGGAGGGACGAAUAUGAGCUUCCCUUAGAAACGCCUGGGAGAGAGGCCAUAUGGAGAUCAGCCUAGAGAAUUUGUAAUAAUAAUGAUAAUAAUAAUGUCGGUUCUUAUUAAGCCCAUUUCUUUCCCCAAUGCGCUUUACAUUAUGAUAAGAAAAAGAGAAAAAUAACAAAAAUCUGUCGCCCAAGUGACAUGUUAUAUAUCAAGUAUUGUAAACCUUAAAAUACUAAAACAAAAAAAAAAUGUCAAGCAUAAAAAUCGAUGGAAAUAUUUCCGGAAUAGCAAUGUUUUCAGUUUUGUCUCAGAUGUAGUAACACUUUCAAUAGUAUUUGUAUGUGGUUAUUGGUGCUUGAAGGGUUAAGUCACUAUUUUUCAGUUCUUCCCAUGGACGUUAAGGUGGACAUGCUGGUUUCCAACAUUUGGGCGAUUGAAGAAGCACGAAUGGUAACAGAGAUACGAGUGUUAAGCAAUGUUAGCUAAUGUUAUGUAAAUAUGAUUCUGGGAGGUGAAAUCAAAAUCAUCAACCCCCCAAGAAAGUUCCCAGCACCCAGAUUGAGUUAUUUAUAUUCUACGCGCUGAACUACAGUUGAUAGCAAACAACAGCGACGAUUGACAAAGCUUUGUUUCUUCUCCAAUUUAAACAUUUUAGACCAAUAAAUUCAAGUAAAAAUCGGAAACAAUUCCCAAGGCCCGUACAUUAUCCAUGUCUCAGGUGUAAGAUAUUCUUUGCUUUUGCUUAAAUAGGACUUUACUAUUGAUGUCUAUCUAAGGCAGUACUGGAAGGAUCCUCGUUUGUCAUUUCGCGAAACGAAGCUACAAAAGACGCUGACACUAAACAGGCAAACGAUCGAAGAAAUUUGGGUUCCAAGCACAUACUUCUUCAAUGCUAAGAAAGCUUACUUCCAUGACGUUACAACAGAUAAUUAUUUACUCCAGAUUAACUCAAGUGGAAAUGUCUUUUAUAGUGUCAGGUAAGAACUUACCUGUCAAGGAAACCGAUGAAAAAUAGUACUACAGUGAAUAUAUUUGGGUUUCAGUUACGUAUCAUCUUCUUCAAUGCUGAGGAGGGGAGGCCUAACCACAGGCACCCCAAGCUGACGAGUGAGAAUCGUUGCCCAAAAGAAAUAUUAUAUAAACUGUGAAAGGUUUGAAACCUUUAACCUUUACUCAACUUCAACAUUUUACGGGGAUAAUUAGGCUGGCUUGCAAAUAGCGCAGAGCUAAUCGCUACAAGCCAUAAAGUACAGAGAUGACUUUCUUAUACAGAUAUACAUUGUACAUUCUACCAUACAAAAUACAUACCUUAACAUAAAACUUUGUGCAACAUAUGUACGCUAAACUUCAUUUACUAAGCAUUAAGAAACAAACAAACAAACAAAAACAACUACAAUGCAAUGCGCGAAGAGGAAAGUUGCAAACGAAAUUAAGUCAGUAAUGUUUCAUUAUAUUAAUUUACACAUGAAUUUAAUGAAGAACAAAGAUUGAAAGAUUAGUUGGUAUCUCAUUCCAGAUUUUAACAUCAACACGUGAAAAGGCAUUUCUAUGAAUAUUACGUGCAAAGUGUUUCACACAAAAAUGCUCAGAUGUUGAUGAACGUGUACUAUAAGAGUGAACUCUGGAGAUUUUCGAGAACAAAUUCGAAAUAUUAAUUGGUCAGGAACAGAACUCGAGUUUACAUCAUACAUUAAAUUAGCAACUUUUUCAAAGAACAGGAAUUCUAAGGGAAGGAGUUUUCCCUUUAGGAAGAAAGGUAUUGCAUGUUCCUUUGCUUGAGCAAAGUAUAUAAGACGGAGAUCACCUCUUUGAAGAAUAAGAAUUUAAUUAACAAAGGUCUUAGAUGCAUUGCCCAAGAAAUUAAAGCAUACAUUAUACAAGGUGCAAUGAGAGACUUGUAAAAUGAUAUCAAGAAGGGUUCGAGUUGCAGGAACAAUAUGCCGUAACCUCGCAAUUAGAGACCAACAGUUUUACAGUACUUAUUUUUGUUGUGAGGGAACAAAUAUGUUGUUUCCAAGAUAGGUUUCCAUCAAUUAAUAAUCCAAGGUAUACAAUGUAGUUCUUUUGUUCAAGACUAACAAUCUUAUGUUUUUCAUUAUCAAAGAUAUAAAUCUGUGAUUGAUAGUUGAGCUUUUUCUGAUGUGGGCGAAAAAUAACGAAGUUAGAUUUCUUAAGUUUGUUUGACGUUCGCCAAUUAAAAAGAUUGUGUAAUGCAGUUUUUACAAUUGAAUCUAAUGUUUUAAGAUUUUUAACAGGGUAAACGACGUUAUUAUCUGCAAAAAGGAGAAACUUAAGUUUAUUACAGCAAUGAUGAAUAUCAUUGACAUAUAGUAAAAAGAGUAGAGGCCCUAGAACAGAGCCUUGUGGUACACCGCAACUAACGUUUUCUUUAUCCCAUAUGUAAGAAUUAAUAGACCUUUUUAUCGAUACGGCGGCCAUAUUUAAUCUGUCAGAUUUAACGAAUACUAUGGGAUGCCCACGGGGCACUCGCUCUGUAUUUACGCGCGCUUUUCGGGCAAAAAGAGAACUUCAACGCAUAUUUAUCGGGAAAAAAGGUAUUCGUUAUUACAUCCAAAGACGGCACAACGAUCUUUUUUUCUCAUUACAACCUUUUUCUAGGAAUACUUAAAGAAAAAUUAGCCCGAAAAGCGCGCGUAAAUACUGAUGCGAGUAUAUCAGAUCGUGCUUAUGCCCCCUGGGCAUCCCAUAAUACUCCUUAAAUCCAAUUAAUUCAAUAUGGCUGUCGUAUCGGUAAAAAGGUCUAUUUCAGUUGUUUGUGUACGAUUAAUUAAAUAAGAGAAGAAACAUUGAUUAACAAUCCCUCGAAAGCCAUAAUAAUUAAGUUUAACAAGUAAUAUUUUAUGGUCCACAGUAUCAAAGGCAAUCAGUAUAAUGAAAUCAAUAAACACUCCACAGGAAAAUAGUUUUUUGUCCAUAUUGGUACGGAUAGAACCCAGGAUUCAUUUCAUAAGUAGGUUGAGCAUGAUGCUCAGGGUGAACGCAGCCCUGAAUAGGACUGUUGUUGAGAGUGACUAACGUUUCGACAACCUGUGCGGUAGUCAUCCUCAGACUCAAACAAUGGUCAUGAACAACAUAUACAUUAGUUUUCAUGCUAAAAAAAUGACUACUGCACAGGUUGUAGAAGCGUCAGUCACAAUCAACAACGGUCCUAGUGAGUACUACAUUCACCCGAAAGAUCAUGCUAAACCUACUCAAGAAAUACUAUAAGGGUUUGUACGGGGAUUUUAUCGAUCGUUAUUUAGGGCACAAGAAUAGCACUAAGAAAUGCUUAAUCACAACAGAAAACAAUACUUCUUCUACAACAGCAGAACUAAAACUCGCAAGAAACGGCCAGAAAUGCUAAGAAAACAUCAUGAAUAACACAAAAAAAACGAUUGCUAAAACCUCCAUACAAACCCUGGCUUAUAAUAUUUCUGUUACGCAACAAUUCUCAUUAGGGAGAACGAUUCUCACUGUUUUUUCUGCCUCAGAAAACGAUCCCUAAAAUCCUCAUACAGACCCUUAUGUUAAGCAACGAUUCUCACUCUAAAGGAGGUCUAAAGGAAAAGAAAAGAACUGAGAAAAUGCUAAAAGAAUGGAUCCCUAUGAAUGGUCAUGAAUAACAUACAUUUGCUGAAUGCUAACAAAACUAUUACUACUAAUAUUAACUGGUGAAAAGUAAUCACACAAUAGCAAGAAAGAGAAGGCAGUGAAAGUUGUAGAGGAAAUAUUUGUCACAACCGCCAUGUUAUUGGUACCCUUCUAGUAGAGUCCCUUCGAUCUUUCCUAGAUAAUUAUCGAGGGAAGAUGGAAGCGAAUCUGCUAGCAGGGCAUGUUAUUGGUCUUCGGGACCGGCGGAUUUGCUUCCCAAAUUUUUGAACGACCAAAAACUCAGGGAGACAAAAAAACAAAAAUGUUAAGUAAAAUUUCGGGUUUGUUUUGUCAUUGCUUUUCCGUAUCUUCGGGCCAUGAAGAGAUAAAAGAUAUUUGCUUCUCAGAAUUUUUAGCCUAGUGGCCUAUACUAACAUGUUUUUCAAUUUAUAAUGCUUAUUAUUAUUCUCAUAGGCUCACGGUAACGAUGGCAUGUAACCUGAAUCUGCGGACGUUUCCACAUGAUGUGCAGACAUGCACAGUGAUGCUGGAGUCAUGUGAGUCAAAUGUCUUUUCAAUAUUUCGGGUACACGCCUGGAUCGACUUAAUUUUAAUCUCCAGCCACUGUGGUGUCUCGCAAUGGUGUGGUCUUUGUAAAUACUUUUAUGACGAUUAAGUAGGUGUUUUCCUGUUUGAUAUUAUUUCUUAGUUGGGCAAAACAUUUUAUGAAAUUUGAAUUUUAAGUUUGGCAACAUUUUAAAAUUACUUUAUUUUCAAAGAUCCUUUGCAGCAAUACAUACAUCCAUACAUACUUUAUUGUUACCUCUUCAAAGGGGCUUUUCAGGAACAAUGAUUAUUUUACACUACUUAUAAUAACUGAUUACAACACUUAAUCUAAUACUAAUUACAAUGUUAGCUUAUUACUAAUUACAAUGUUAUAACUUAACUAAGAAUUAUUUACAAAAUUAUCUAAAAGCUGGCUCCUGAAGGAUCCUUAAGCAAUGAAUUAUUAGCCACUUGAGACAUUCGUUUUCGAUUUCUCCUGGGUGUCGAAAUUAACAAUCCUUCUGCACAAUUUUGGGGCGACAACAAGGUGUAUUUUUCACCCCCCAAAAUUGCGGACCCAUUUUUUCCAGUUUUUCCUGGGUAUUGAAAACCAUCCUCUGCAUUUUUUUGGGGGGGGGAGGGGGUGGGAGUGACAGCAAGGUGUAUUUUGGCUAAAUGUGAAAGUGGUUCAUGCUCUCGCUUUCUGCUGUGAAUUAGUGUUGGCAAGAGUAACGCGGAAGAGAAAAUCAAAGUCUAUUCCUUUGUUUUAUGAGACUGAAAUCCCUGUGUUGAUGACUAAUGGACUUUUUGUUUUUCACCUGAGCAGAUGGGUAUCAAGCUACAGAUGUGUACUACAGAUGGAAUUCACGCAACUCUACUGGAGAUGUAGUGUACAUUGCAGAGGACUUGGAAAUGCCUCAGUUUACGAUAACCAAGGUUGAAUUGGAAGAGAAAACGAAUAUCUAUAAUAUCGGUACAAUUAUGAAACUUAUUAUUAUUAUUAUUCAUUUGAAUACUUUCUCCUUUCUGAUUGGCUUAAAUAUCUCGGUUAGUUUUUGACCAAAUUUGGAGGAUGAUGUUAUCCACCGGGCAGCGCGAUAUCUUACUCAGUGAGCUAGCCUCAGGUAAUAACUGUCAUUCAAUGUUAACAAAUUGCAAAGCAAAUAGAAUUGUCUUUUCUUCCCCCGAUGCGACUGUCAAAGAGUGAGUCUCACAUAAAAGCUUGUGUUGGAAUAAGGCUAUGUAAUUUACCCGUUGCGCGUGUUAUUGCUGCGAGUCCCCAUGCGAGCAGCGCAGUAACCUUUGGGUCUUCUGUGGUUUCUUGGGUGUCCUGCCUCUCCAUUCAGGAGUUACAAUCUUAAUUUAUGUUUUUCAGGGUAAUUUAGAAAAUAUGUUCAGCAGUGUCAUCAUAACUUAAUUUUAAAUCGUAAAUGCUCCUAUUGCGUCAUUCUAAUUGUCCUGAGUUUCGCACAUUGUGAUGCGCGUAGACCUUUAUCCUACAACUAUACUGUAACGUUACUAAGAGACUAGUCUAGCCUCGCCCCAAAAAUUCGGUGUGAUAAUCACGUGCGGUUCGUUGAGAGAGUGUGGACGGCCAUUUUUGCUGUGCAGUUGUUGAGGUUGUUUCGAGACGUUAUUAAAGAAGAGUUUAAGAUGGAAUCCACAAGGACAUUGAGUAAUUUUAAUUUUUCAGUGGACGAAAACCUUGUACCAGAAUCAUUUCAAGAACAUUGCAUUCUUUUUUUACAUUUUUCAAGGGCUAAUGAUGUAAUUAGUCAUCCGCAAUAACGCCAAAGAAAAUUUCUCAUGGGAGUCCGAGAAAAUGAAUGUCAAAUGUCAAACAAGAAUUGUGAAAACACAAGUAAAACUGUGAAAAUUUUUUACAUUUAAGAUGUCAUUUUGUGAACUUUGACAGUUAUUUUCUCGGGCUCCCAUAAGAAAUUUUCUUUGGUGUUAUUACAGAUGACUAAUUACGUCUUUAGCCCUUGACAAAGGUAUAAAAAUAAAUGCAAUAUGCUUUAAAUUAUUCUGGCACAAGGUUUUUGUCCAUUGAAAAUUAAAAUUACUCAAUUUCCUGGUGGAUUCCGUCUUAAUCACUGUUACAAUACUAGAUGAUUUAGUUACAGGGUCUUGAUUAGAGCAAUGCAUAUGUGGGUUUAUAGUUUCUCAGAUGAUGUUUUUCUGCCCUUUAUCUUCUCGCAGCAUUGCUGUACUUGCAACUAAUAACCUCCGGUUUACAUCGCCAUGUAAGCGAGCAUUUUUCCUUUUAGUUGGCUGCAAUUUACCAGACUAUUCACGUUCACAUCUAUAAAUAACGUUUCAGGACCUCACUCAGCGUUAGUAGCAAAAUUCACCUUCCAUCGUCGUCUUGGUUACUACAUGAUUCAAACCUAUAUUCCAUCCAUGCUCACGGUGACGAUAUCGUGGUUUUCCUUUUGGAUAUCUCCGGAUUCUCCACCAGCUCGAGUAGCCCUGGGUAUUACAACAGUGCUAACGAUGAUCACGAUUUCUAACAGUGCGCGUGCGCCGUUGCCCAAGGUGUCUUACACUAAGGCCAUUGAUUGGUUCCUGUUAAUGUGCUUGGUUUACGUGUUUGGAGCACUCAUGGAAUACGCCAUUGUGAACUUUUACUCGUGCAAAGUACAGUACAAAAGACAAAGGGAUACUAAAAAAGCUGAAAAGGAGGUACAACUCACGGGUUAAAAGGGGCUGAGUUACGGCUGUCUUGUUCAAGAGCUUAAGCAACUGCGUUUUUGAGCGACGGACGUCAACCGGAAGUGGACUUUUCGCAUCAUUGGGCAGUUGUUUGGUUCAGACUUGCGGUUAAAUCAUCUUUAUAAGAGGAAAGCGACUUAGCAAUACAAAUUUGUUAGCGUCAAGGCAGAUAAAAAGGGAGAAGGCAUAACUUCCGGUUGACGUGCGUCGCUCAAAAACGUCUUUGCUCAAGCUGUGCCAAGUACGCGUCCUCGCUCGCUAAGAAACUUGACAAAUUACUCGUCAAUGACAAAACCACAGCUUCUUGUCAAAUAAAUAUGUCUCCCAAGCUUUUUAUCAAGCCGUAUCAACGACAAAGUGAGCUACCAAAUAACUGCUAGGUUAACAAUUUCCAAACACCGCAAUUGCAAACCGUUUCAGUCUUCUUCAAGUUUAUCCAUCGGUGCCUCCUUUGUAUGUCCUUUGUUUUUCAUACAUUAAUGUUUCGGGUGGUUAUUUUUGUGUUUCACUCAAUUUCUCGGCAGUUUCCACUGUUGGAAUUUUGAUAAAUCUCGUGUCGCAGCUCCUUAAAAAGGCAAAGCUUGUUCUGUUUAUUAGAAGAAAAAGGUUGGCAUUUGACCGCACAGAAAGGAAUGCAAUAAUGCAGAUCAUUAACGGAUAAAAAAUUUUGUUGUCAAUUAUAAAAAUAAUGCCGUCCUGUAGAUUUUUUACAUUUAAGGCAAAUAUUUCAUGCAUUCUAAAAGGAUUGUCCCACUGGGCCAGCAGACAAGUGACUAUGUGAUCAUGAGGUAGCUCUGUAUGUAACUGCAUUGAAACGAGAUGAUGGAUAAUCACUGAAGUUUCUUAUUUUGCUCCAAGUCAGGGAUCCGGAUUCCAGAAUUCUCAAAAAUUUCUGGUUGUGCAUCCCGGACCACGGGAAAAUUUUGCUCAAUUGAAAACCGGAAUCCUAGGCUUUGGAAUCCCGGAUACCGCCCAAAGAAUCCAGAAUCCCACUAACUUUUGGAAUCCAGAGUCCAAGUUCCACUGAAAAAGAUUGGAAUGCAGUACCUAGAAUCCGGAAUCCACGGCGUGGAAUCCAGAAUCCAAGACUGUCUUGGAUUCCAUUACUAAGGGAAUGGGGCGAAUGAUAAGCAGGUGUUAAUGACGUCAAAAUGAAGUGGAGCAUCAUUAUUUUCACUUGUUCUUCAACUUUUCCUCUAAAAAUCAAAAGUAUAGCGGCAGUUAAAUACAUAUGAUUAUUACUAUUAUUAUUUAUUUAUUAAUUUAUUUUUGUAAUUAGUUCUUACAACAAGAGUCUGAGCUUGAUAAUGAUGAAGAAGAAGAUAAAGUCAAUCCAUGUUUAAAUGGUUCGGCCAAGAAAAAAGACAGUAAUGGAAGCUACAGAUUGGCAGUGGUCAUGUAAGUCAAAGAUGUUACAAAAUUUCUAACAUUCUUAAUAAUGUACGUAGUAUUUGGGACAAAAUGAUCACGUGAUGCAUGAACGCAAGAGGUCUGGCUACUAGGUUAUGAUGUACACUGACGGUGCUGUUACACCGACGAAUUUUAGCGUUACAACAUUGUUUCGAAUGGCUGCAAUACUGUUCUAACAUUUGAACCCUGUGUGCUCCAAAAAUUGUCCUUGCGAAUCGUCCGUGUAAAGAUCACAUAAAGGUGAUGUUACACGGGACGAUUCGCAACCGUACGACGAUUUUUAGCGCGACACAACUUUGCAAUAUUGGAACAAUGUUGCAACCAUUCGAAACAAUGUCGCAACAAUGAUGCAACACUGUGCUGCGCUAAGACGCGUCGUUGCGAAUCGUCUCGUUUAACACUGACCUUAAUUUACGAAAUUAGGCAUUUCGCGUCGUCGUCGUGCAAAAAGGGCAAAGAAAUGUACAAAAAAGCGUGAAGCACGUGCAAAGUUGUUGUUUUGGUGUUUUUUUUGACGUUCUCGUUGCCGUCGCGUCGUUGAAUCUUAAGGUAAUGUUGCAUGAGACGAUUCGUAACGACUAUUUUUAGCGCAACACAUGGUUCAAAUGUUGGAACAAUGUUGCAGCCUUUCGAAACGACAUCGCAACAAUGUUGUAACCCUCUGUUGUGCUAAAAAUCGUCGUUGCAAAUCGGCCCUUAUAACAUCACCUUUAAAGUCCCUAUUAACGUCUUGCUAAGCUGCGCUGAUAUCCGUGUUUUGGCUUAAUUUGAAAUUAAAUGGCUCGUCGAGACACUGAAGUAGACUUUGGUAUUACCUCUCCGGGAUUGAGUGUACCUUCGUUUUCAGUACAACGUACAUUAUCGCCUUGAUACAAACUUGGAAGAGAAGGCCAGCACCUUCGAAGUGUCUGCGCUUAAGUGAUGGCGUUUUUAAGCUACACACACAAACUGAGAGUGAAACCUUUUCCCCUUAAUCAUGCUUUGACGCUAACAAAUAUGUAUUGCUAAGUGACGUAACCCUUACAGAAAAGAUUGAAAGAAAAGACGUCCGGUUGACGUGCUUCGCUCAACGACGCCCUUACUUAGAGGGUGUACCCAUGUCUGAGAUUACAAAUCAUGUGAUGAUUAAUAUAAUCAAUAUUUUUGAUUCCCUGAACCAGUUUUUCCUUUAUGUUUUUUUUCAGAGACAGCGAGAAUCCAUUCUUUCCGCGAACGAAACUGAAUAAGCAGCACCGCUCUAAAUCAAGAUUUUCUCGUCGACCAAACCUUAAGGUAAACAGUGUGUUGGAAAGUAAGCAGCCGUGAAUAAACAUAGCUUGAUUGUGGUAGUCCUAAUAACACCAAGAAAUUAGUCAGAAUUUUUUAAAGAUGAACAAGAGGUUUGAUAGACUGCUCCAUUUUCUCUUUAGAGAUCGUCGAGCGUGCGUGUGAAAAAAAAAACCGCGGGGAAUUUUUUGACCACUAGCGCAAAGGAGCUGGGGUGGGUAGAAAAGAAAAUGGUCGACGUUAGCUUUUUCAUGUUUUUUUUUUCCGCCUUGCAUUCUUUUUUCGGCUCCGUGUACACUCGAAAAAUUAGUCGCAAAAAAAAAAAAGAAAAAAGAAAAAACUUCUACGAACAGGUAUUGGAGCACUUGUGAAAAUUACAGCAAUAUAUCGACUUAUAUAUCGACGUCACAAUCAUCAAAACUUAAGGUUUUUGAUUUGGUACCCUACUUUUUAAAUUUCGCAAGCAUCGUCGGAUUGAACUAAACUAAUAGUAACACUGAUAAAAAACAAACAAACAAAAAAGAAAUAUAACGCUCAAUUAGGAGCCCAUAACCUGGAGCGAGCAACUCCCAUACAAGGCCUAUGUCACGGUGUUUUUACUGACCAGUUUAUUUUUAGACACAUUUUAGGGCACUUUUUCUCGUGAAAUUAGAAUCUAUAAGAUGUCAAAGAGGAAAAAGAAACUACGUAAUUAAAAGAGAAAAAGUAUCAUUUUUAGGUCCGUAGGUUUUGCUUACUGGUUUGUGGAAUUUAAAAGAUAUUCAAAAUUCGCACCAACACCGUUCUAAAAAUAAACUGGUCCUUGAAAACGCCGUGACACGAGUGCAUGAAACUUGCUCGCUCAGGGUUAUGGGAUCCUAGCUCUAUUAUAUAACGUCUCUACUUACUGAAAACAACUGUGAUGAAACCAACAAAUGAAUGAUAAUUUAUGCCAAAGGGUUUGUACAGGGAUAGCAAAUUUCGCCUGGAUCCGUGAUAACAAACCAGGGUAUGUUCAAUGUACCAUUUUCUUGUAAAAAAAAAAAAUAGAGGAUAUCACAUGGCCGCGCGGAACGUCUCUACUUCUCGUGUUGAAAAAAAUUUCACUGUUCGAUGAAACCAAAUAUUUUUCAAAUGAAUGAUAAUUUAUUUAUUACAUAAACACCAAUGGUUUUUACUUAAAUAGUUUUUUGGUCAGAAAGGUGCGGUUUUUUAUGAAGCCAUAGCAAAGGUGAUAUUUUCACAUAUGAAGAUAUCAAGUUUUCGCGCGAAAGCUCACUUGGUAUUUCUUUGGUGUUUAUAUAAUAAUUUCUUUUUCUUCACAGGAAAGGGAUGACCUUGAAGAUAACGACUCUCAGCCUAAAAAAUAUCAUUACUUCUGGGACCCUUAUGAAACGACAUUCGUUAGUUCAGAGACCGCAUACACAGUGGACAAAUACGCCAGGAUAUCCUUCCCUGUCACGUUCGCAUUGUUAAACUCGAUCUACUGGAUCGUGUAUGCACCGGAUAAAGUCAUCUUCUAACUUGCACACGUGAAGGAAAGAUUUUUCAUGAGAUCUCAAAAAGCCGUACGCUCAAGUGGGCCAGUACGGAUUUUCAGUGACGAGCGCUUUAGAACUUUACAUCUCCUGAAU